GUCAAAAGCUUGUUUUUUUAUUAAACAAAAAAAAAAAUCGAAACGAACGGCAGCUCCUUUAUUUAUUGAGUGGGGUGAUGUGAAAGCUUUUGCUCCUGUGAGCCACGUACCGUGGAAGAAGAAAAAUAAAGUCCCGGUGGUGAGGCGGUUGCUAUAGAAACGCGAAGCAGGGAGAAGGUGGGAGAGAGAGGAGCCGAGGCGGAUGCGCAGACGGAGGGGGAAGAAUUGGAUUUUAGGGAGGUGGAGAUCGGGGUGUAGACGUUCGGGAAGGUCUGUUGAUAAAGAGGGGUGCAGGAAAGGGGGGCGAAAUGGCAGAGAGGGUAUCGUCGUACGGCAACCUUUAUGACACCUCUUCCCUGCUCCAGUACUGCAACGAUGACAACCUGUCGGCCAGCAGCGCCAUGGAGGUGGACGACCGGCUGUCCUACCUGGAGCAGCGCGUCCAGCUGCAGGAGGACGAGAUCCACGUGCUGAAGGCGGCGCUGGCGGACGCGCUGCGGCGCCUGGGCUGCUGCGAGGAGCAGAGCCAGCUGUUCGGCAAGAGGGCGGCGCCCUCAAGAGUUCGUCAGCUUCUGCAAGCCUUGCCAUCCAAGCCCAACUUCAGCAAUGGGUACCUCCCGCAGAAGAGGCUGGGGGGCUACCCCUCAUCUCCGUCCUCCCCCAAGAAAGACAUGCUGCAGUCUAUCAAAAACAUGCGCAGGAGCAGCUCCACAGAGCGCCUGUCCUCGGUGAGGAGGGAGGUGCUGUCGGACUCCAGGAGCAGGACCACCUCCUCCAGCAGCUCAUCCAGCGGGAAGAAGGACAGCAAAUCCAAAGAAACCACCUUUAGUGCUGACGAUGGCCAUGUGAAGAUGUUUGUGCGCGGCCGCCCGGUCACCAUGCACCUGCCCGACCGGCUGAGAGGCACCUACAGCCUGGAUGGCAAGCAAGACCUGCCAGAGCACAAGCUCAAGAUGCAGUGGGUGUACGGAUACAGAGGCAGAGACUGUCGCUCCAACCUGUACCUGCUGCCCACCGGCGAGGUCGUGUACUUCGUGGCCUCUGUGGUGGUCCUGUACAACGUGGAGGAGCAACAGCAGCGGCACUACCUGGGCCACAACGAUGACGUCAAAUGUUUGGGGGUCCAUCCCGAUAUGGUCACCGUAGCAACAGGACAAGUAGCUGGAACGUCCAGAGAUGGCAAGCUCUUGCCCCCCCAUGUCCGGGUGUGGGAUUCGGUCAGUCUCAACACUCUGCACGUGAUCGGGAUGGGGGUGAUCGAUCGGGCGGCCACGUGUGUGGCCUUCUCCAAGUCUAAUGGUGGUGCCAAUCUGUGCGUUGUGGAUGAUGCAAACGACCACAUCCUGACUGUGUGGGACUGGCAGAAAGAGAAGCAGCUCGCGGAUGUGAAGUGUUCCAAUGACUCUGUCCUGGCUGCUGUGUUCCAUCCCAUGGAGGCCGGUCUUAUUGUGACCUGUGGGAAGUCGCACAUCAACUUCUGGACCAUGGAAGGCAACACGCUGACCAAGCGCCAGGGCCUGUUCGAGAAACAUGAGAAGCCAAAGUACGUUCUGUGCAUCGCCUUUGCGGAGAAUGGAGAUGCCAUCACUGGGGACUCCAGCGGGAACAUCUACAUAUGGGGCAAAGGUGGGAACCGCAUCAGCCAGGUGGUGGCAGGGGCCCACGAGGGCGGGGUCUUCUCCGUGUGCGUGCUGAGGGACGGGACGCUGGUGUCGGGCGGAGGGAAGGACCGCAGAGUGGUGCUGUGGGACAGCGCCUUGCAGAAGCGCCAGGAGCUGGAGGUGCCCGAGAUGUUCGGCCCAGUCCGCUGCCUGGCCGAGGGGAAGCAGGAGAGCCUGUUCGUGGGGACGACGCGGAACUGCAUUCUGCAGGGCUCCCUCUCCGGGGAGCUCCGCCCCAUAGUGCAGGGUCAUACCGAUGAACUGUGGGGGCUGGACGUCCACCCCAACCUGGAGCAGUUCAUCACCUGCGGUCAAGACAAGCUGGUGCACCUGUGGGAUGCUGUGUCCCACCAGCCCCUGUGGAGCAAGUACAUCGAGGAACCGGCACGCUCCGCUGGUUUCCAUCCCAGCGGAUCAGUGGUCGCCUUGGGAACCAUGACAGGAAGGUGGCUGGUGCUGGACACAGAGACUCAAGACGUAGUGUGUGCGCACACGGAUGGCAAUGAGAUCAUCUCCACUGUGAAAUACUCUCCAGAUGGAGCCUACCUGGCCGUCGCGUCCCACGACAACUUCAUCUACCUUUACGCAGCGUCGGAGAACGGCAGGAAGUACAGCCGAGUGGGGAAGUGCACGGGUCAUUCCAGCUUCGUGACCCACCUGGACUGGUCCGUGGACAGCCAGUAUAUCGUCACCAACUCAGGGGACUACGAAAUCCUGUUCUGGGAAUCCUCAAGCUGUAAGCAUGUGACCAACGCAGACGCUGUCCGCAACCUGGACUGGGCAACCUCUACCUGCGUCCUGGGCUUCAGCGUGUUCGGCAUUUGGCCCGAAGGGGUGGAUGGAACGGACAUUAAUGCCGUCUGCAGGUCCAACAGUCAGAAGCUCCUGGCCUCAGCGGACGACUUUGGCAAAGUGCACUUGUUCUGCAACCCCUGCUCCCAUCCCCGGGCUCCAAGCCAUGUCUAUGGUGGCCACAGCAGCCACGUGACCAAUGUUGCCUUUCUCCAUGAUGACAGCUACCUGAUCUCCACUGGAGGGAAGGACACCAGCAUCCUGCAGUGGACCGUUGCCUAGGCAACACUGUCCAGUCUUAACACUGCAGCCUCCUGACCACCAGAGGGCAGCAGCCCUGCUGUGCCUGACCCUGUUUGUAACCCUUCUCCACUAGUCAAGGGUACACAGCAUUUCAAUGAGCUUUGCAGCCACUAGAGGGAGGCACCGCCUAACAGAAAAUAAGCAUGUUGAGAAAACUUUAUUUAAAGAUGUCUAAAGAAAAUUGUAGAUGCUGUAAGUGUUGUUGCGAUACUCUGUAAGAGAAAGAUUAAGAUUUAUUAUUGAAUGGCUGUGGAGGUUAAUUAUUUCAUUUUGCUGUAGCACUGAUGACUUUGGUACUUCAGACCUAAGUAACUUGUAUUUAGGCUCACCUCUUCCUCUUUUUUUUUCGGUUAAUAAAGUUUGUACUUGGAUAUGUGCUGCA